GUCACAGCCCAGGGACAACAUUCUGCGAUCCAUGUUUCAAGGGGGAAAUCCUUCCUCCGGGUCGUCUGGACCCUUGGUGAAGAGGCUUCGGCUGACCAAGAAAACUCCCCCCCCCCCCCGGGACCAGUUCCAAGUCUCCUGCCAAGGGGAAGGGCCAGGGUCCCUCCGCCACAGAGAAGGUGCCUCCACCCACUCCCGCCAUAGAGAAGAUGGCCCCACCUCCCUCGCGGCCUCCUGUCUCUAAAUGGGAACUGGAGGUACCAACCGGGACCUUGCCAGCUCCGGUUCCCACUGUGCGCAUCCCAGUCAACACUCAGGCCCUGGAGAAAAUUCCCGAGGCCUUUCGAGGGACGGUUUAUGAAACCGCGACCUAUAUGGUGGAUCACUGCUACAAUGCCACCCCAAAGGAUCUGCGGGAGAUCGAGACGAGGAGCCCCGAGAACGUUAUGGAGUCUUCACUGGGGAUGACCCUCACGGCGGCUUUGGCCCUACAUCGAAGCAUAGCUCGGUCCUGGGCCAGGUUUGACGAGGUCAAGGGCGAGUUCCAGACUGCCAAGGCCGAUCUUAUGUCUACUCAACAACAAGAGCGAGAUGCCAAGGCUGCCCUGGCGACUGCCCGGGAAAGCCAGAAGGUCGCGUAGGCCGCCUUGGUUGCUGCGCAGGCCGAACUGGAGGCAUCUCGGGCCA